UAACGUAUAAAGCCAACAGACUCAGGCGCUGGACCGGACCACAGGAUAGCUGAGUCUGGCUCCACACAGUAAACAGUCACAGCAAACUGUACACGUUCUGCUCGCUUUGUAGUGAACACUUUUUGAAUUGUGUUGUGUAAGAGACUCGGAUUAUAUAAUCAACCAUGGCGAGUUUCAAUGGAAAAUGGGAAAUUCAAAGCAGCGACAAUUUCGGCGAAUACAUGACCGCUAUAGGUGUAGCAGAGGAAAAGAAGGCGGAGGCGAUCACGUUUCUCGGGGACGAAUCCAAGAUGUCGUAUGAAAUCAUAAACAGUGGUAAUGAUUGGGAGUUCCGAGUGGGCACAAAGGCGGGAGAAAAAACCAUCAAGUUUACCCUCGGGCAGGAGUUCGAUACCUUCACAUUGGACGAUCGACCAAUCAAGACAACAUUUUCUCUUGAUGGGGGGAAUCUGAAUGAGUGUCAGAAGGGAGACGGUUUUGAAACAACUAACGUCCGAACAGUGGACGGGGACUCUAUGACUAUGACAAUGAGCGGUAAUGGUGUGACGUGUACCCGAAAAUACAAGAAGGUGUGAUUGGACAUCUUUUUAGAAACGUAGCCAAUAGAAACAAUUAUUCAUCUUCAUGUUGUCACGUGAUUAGUUUAUCAAAUCUUCGUUUGAUCUCUUUGGGAUUUCAUCUCUAUGUGCGAGGAGUGCCGAUGUAUCGCGCUCUGUUCGGGACGUUUCUUCACUUUCUGUUCGGAAUCAGCACGUUCUUUCUCAGCAACACGUUGUUUUCCCUUGAACAGUUAGUGCCAAAUUUAGGCCAGCGGCUGUUGCAGUCAUCAAACGGCCAACUUUUUAUAAGAAAGAAAACACCUUCUGCAUGUCAAACCCAGAGUUCUGAAAUUUGGGAUGAAAACUUUCCAAUUUUAUUUUUUGUAGUUCAAUCAUUUGAAAUCGAUUUCCAAAAGCGUUGAACAAAAUGUUGGUGUUGUGCCAUGCCACAUCAGACAUCCGGAAAAGUGGAAAAACUUUUCCCCCCGUUAUUUCAGAAUUUCUAAUCAAUGAUUGAUAAGUUAUAAAGGUAAGAAAAGCUCGUUAAGCGACGGCACGUUUUGGUCCAGUAAAAUGCCGGGAGACCGUGUUACAACACAUAAGUUUGGUUUUUGGUAGAUAGAUUCAUGUAACAGAUAAGAAAUAAAGAACGCAUAGUUAUAACAAAUUAUCUGGUCAUGUUGGCUUAUUUUUUCUGUACAGGAUUAAAAACAAGAAAAUAAAAUGUUUGCAAAACAUGAA